AUGUUUUCGUUGAUAAUACUGCUGAUAAUAUUUGUAACGAAGAAAACGAUUGGUUAUGUUUCGAAUAUGAAUUAUAUACCAGUGGGUACCAAUCCAACAUUAUAUCAACCGGGUUAUGAUCCAGUUAUGCAACUUGAUGCUGCUACAUUUUAUGAUACUGUAUUCAUGCAAGAUCAUUCUUUUGUUGUUGAAUUCUACGCAGACUGGUGUGGACAUUGUCGUGCAUUUGCUCCGUUUUAUUUGGAAUUCGCAUCCUCUAUACGUUCAUGGAAAAACGUGGUAACAGUGGCUGCAAUUAAUUGCGCUGAUAUUGUUAACCAGAAGAUAUGUAGCGAUGAGGGAAUUAUCGGAUAUCCAAUGAUUCUGUACUAUCCUCGAUAUGCUCGAAGUCGGAUCGAUGCAAUCAAGUUGGAGCCAAAGCAUUCCUUAUCGUAUAUGAAAGGUCAACUCACGCAAGUUAUACGCAACGAAUACAAUCAGUUUCACUAUACAGAUUGGCCAGAUUUCACCUUUUUAACAACUGACGGUGCAAUAGCACUGAGAAAUUUUUGGAAUCAGAUGAAUGAUUCUCAUCAAUUUCUUGUUUUCCUAUUCGAGCAAUUCGAUAGCAUUGGUGUAGAGUUCUUACUGGAUAUGUUUCCACUUCAAAGAACGGUGCUUACCAGAAGAAUUAUUGUUCCUUCACCUAUUACCCGAUUAUUCACCAUCACACAAUUGCCAUACGUCAUAGUUUUCAAGCGUAAUCAAGACAAGCCGAUCUAUCAAAGUCCAUAUGGUCCGCAUUUGUUGCAAGAAGUAAUGAAAAUGACAUAUGCGACACCAAUGCAGCUUGUGUUUCAUGCUGCACCGGUACCAUCACCUGUUGUGCAGCAAAUUAUCGUACAGUGCGAGUUGCAUCACGAUAGAUGCCGUGAGUUAUACUAUGUAUCGGAGACGGAUAUGUUGAAAGCAAUGCGUAUGGCAAUAUUUGAUGAAGUAAUUAAAACAAACAACAACAUUGCUGGUACAAACUUCACAGCACUACUAGACUUCAUCAGUGUUCUUGCCGAACAUUUUCCAAUUUAUACAUCUAAUACAACAUCACAAACAACGAAUCAGAAAUCAUUCGCGGCCUUGAAGCAAAGCGCACGAGCCAAAUCAGUCUUUUUGCAUCUUCGACAUUUUCUAGAAGCACACAAUGAAAAGCAUGCAAUUUCAACAAUUGUUUGGCGAAAUCAAUUCCAGAAUGUCGAACGAGUAUAUGGAUAUCCAUUCCCGAUGAACGCUUCAUGGGAACACUGCAAAGGAACAGCAUUAGGAUAUCGAGGUUAUACGUGUGGCCUAUGGACAACAUUUCACGCAAUUACCGUUAAUGCUUUCAUGCAAAGUUUACAAUCACCCAUUAAUCUAUUGCUCAGUAUACGGGGUUGGGUUGUCAACUUCUUUGGUUGCCUGGAUUGUCGACGACAUUUUUUGCACAUGACAACCACUCUCUAUCCGUUGACUAAACGCCGGGUGCAAAAUACUCAUGAUAUGAUGUUCUACCUGUGGCGUGCUCAUAACAUUGUUAAUGCUCGACUGCAUGGCGACAAAUCAACGGAAGAUCCACAAUUUGAGAAGCGACAAUUUCCACCAGUUUUCCUCUGCUCAAUGUGCCAUUCCGAUGGAAUGUUCAGCAGGAAAAGUGUCCGAGACUUCCUGAUUAACUUCUACACAGCAAUUAGGCCACACAAUGGAACAAAUCAUAUUUCGAAUAGUCGAAAACUUUCUUAG